CCUCAGCCUCAGCACCAGAGCAGAGCCGUAUCCCUCCUCUCCUCUCCUCCUCUCCUCCUCUCCUCCUCCACUCCGCUCGUCUCUCCGUCCACUGCGGAACCUCGGCCUGUUUUCGUCGCAUCCCUCGGCCCUCGGCAGACCCAGCUCGCCAUGGACAACUCCGGCAAAGAGAAGGAGGCCAUGCAGCUGAUGGCUGAAGCCGACAAGAAGGUCAAAGCCUCCGGAUCCUUCCUCGGAGGGAUGUUCGGGGGAAACCAUAAGGUGGAGGAUGCCUGUGAAAUGUACGCCAGAGCAGCUAACAUGUUUAAGAUGGCAAAGAACUGGAGCGCUGCGGGGAAUGCAUUCUGUCAGGCCGCUCGGCUCCACAUGCAGCUCCAGAACAAACUGGACUCUGCCACCAGCUUCGUCGACGCAGGAAACGCCUACAAGAAGGCUGACCCACAGGAGGCCAUCAACUGUCUAAAUCAGGCCAUUGACAUCUACACUGAUAUGGGCCGGUUUACUAUUGCAGCCAAACACCACAUCACCAUAGCGGAGAUUUAUGAGUCUGAGCUGGUUGACAUUGAGAAGGCCAUAGCCCACUAUGAGCAGGCAGCAGACUACUACAAGGGUGAAGAAUCGAACAGCUCAGCGAACAAAUGUCUUCUGAAGGUCGGCCACUACAGCGCUCAGCUGGAGCAGUAUCAGAAAGCUAUUGAAAUCUACGAACAGGUCGCUAUGAGCACCAUGGACAAUCCUCUGCUGAAGUACAAUGCUAAAGAGUAUUUCUUCAAGGCCUCACUGUGUCACUUCAUAGUGGAUGAACUGAAUGCCAAGCUGGCCAUAGAGAAGUAUGAGGAGAUGUUCCCAGCCUUCUCAGACUCCAGAGAGCUCAAACUGCUAAAGAAACUGCUAGAAGCCCAUGAGGAGCAGAACAGCGAGGCUUUCACAGAGGCCGUCAAGGAGUUCGACUCUGUGUCUCGUCUGGACCAGUGGUUAACCACGAUGCUCCUCCGCAUCAAAAAGACCAUCCAGGGAGAUGCCGGGGACCUGAAAUAAACACAUUAAGAAAGGAAAGGGGAAAGGAGAGGGACACUGGAGUCAAUGGUAAUAAAAGAAAGAUGGAGUUAGAGGGGUUUUAAAUGACAGGGAGGAAAAAUAUAUGAUAAUGUGAGAUAAAGGUUAUAGAGAGACAGAGAGAUAGGUAUGGGGGGUGGGACUGUGGGAGUUUACAGCUGUACAUAUCAGUCUGCAUGUCACCCCCAAUGAACUAAACGUCACCUUUAAAUCACAUUUAGAUGACCCUUGACCUUUCUGUGCCCUUCGUCCUACAGUAUUUGCUCUCGUAACACUGAAUAGAAAGAAAGAGUGGAAAAUCAAAAUGUGUGUGACAGAGAGUGUGAGUGUGUGUGUGUUAAAUGUGGUAUGGUAAAUUACACUAUUUGAUGGGGAAGUGUACAUCUUUUAUCAGAUUUAGGACACACUGUAUGCUACUGAAUAUGAAUAAUACAUUAUUUAUGAGAUUGUUAAUAUUUAUUGCCAAUACUGAAGAUAUUUAUUGUUUAUUAUGGUGCUCAGUGUUACGAUUUGUCUUAAUAUUUUAGGUAUUAGCCCCCCUGCUUUCCUCUUUUAUUCUCCUUUACUCCCCUUCCCCUUCUAUGUUCUUCCUCCCAUCAUCCCCCACUUCUCUCCCUCCACCCCAGUGUCCCCCCCCCCCCCCCCGUCCUCUCCUCACCGCACACGCUGUCAAGUCAGUAAUUUCACUCAUUGUGAUUGGUUGGUUCUUUGUGUUCUCGCCGGCGGUUUGGUCGGCGCAGUUGCGACAAUGCCUUGUUUGUGCAUGUCUGUUGUCACGUUGAUGUAAGUGUUCUCUGUGUCGUGCUAUCAUGUGAAGAACAUACUGUACAUGUAGCCUGGUAUCAUUUGUGUGGAAACAGUAAAUAUGUACCUCAGAAACCAAGUUGAAAUAAAAACAUUGCUCCAUGUCUCUCA